CGACCUCGCUGCAACUCGUGUAGCACUUGCCAGGUGUGCCCUCUCGAGCAAAGUUGCGUGUGAUACGGAAGGACUUCACUGACGAACGGAUAUGGCACGAUGUACAGAAAUAUUGAGGGAAUCCGUCCCCGCCAUGACGUCCGUGGAUGACCCGGAGAAGGACUUGGACCAGUCCUUUCAGUGGCGGGCAGUUUUCAUGUUCUACAAAGAAUCCGUCCCCGCCAUGCCGUUGGAGGAUGACAAGGACUUGGACCAGUCCUUUCAGUUGGUGAUAUUUUUCGUGUACUGCAAAGAAUCCGUCCCCGCCAUGCCGUUGGAGGAUGACAAGGACUUGGACCAGUCCUUUCAGUUGGUGAUAUUUUUCGUGUACUGCAAAGAUGCCGCCACCGACGAUGUGUGGCUGAAAGGAGGCCGCAACCACGCCACUUACAAAGACGUAACCAUGGAUUUCUGGAAUUGGAUACACCACGCUAUGCUGGAUAAAGCAGGGCUAGCCCUUAGCCACGAAACAGGGUCAACGCAACUGCAUCGUGACCACGUCACCAAAGAUUAUUCUAACCGGGAUUCCCCCAAGCUGCACAUAUCCACACCAAACAGAGACCAAAUCACAUGCGCGAGGCCUCGCAAAGUUGACUCCAACACAACGAUUGACGCAAUUGACAACCACACGUUACUAGAGAAUGAAUUGAACUCGUUCCUAGAACGCUGUCCAGCGAAGUGGAUGGAGUGGAGCGACUUGAAUAAGCGCCUAAAGAGCUACGAAACUGCGCCCGACAUGCUCAAGAGGAAACGAGAUGUAUUUGCUGGCAUUGGGCUAUACUUUGCGGAAAAUGUAACCACUUGUUUCCACUGCGGGGGUUGCCAUGGCGACUGGACAGACGCUGAAGAACCGUUUGUUGAACACUGCCGGUGGUAUCCUCAAUGUCGGCUAAUUCGUAUCCUGGCGGGUGAUGACAUUGUAAACUACAUCACAGGACAACACGAGGAUCACAUGAACAUGCUCGUAAGACGUGGACGACAAGAAGCCGAAGAGCGGCAUAAAGCACUUGUAGAAGAUCUUUUUACUGGCGAAGAUCUUCGGUUUUAUGAACAAAAUGGUAUCAUGGAGGAAGUCCUGCACCUCGCAGCAGCCUCUCUGGACCAUCAUGGGCACGUAACCAUGGACGACGUCAUUCAUGAAAUGUCCAAGCUGUGCCAACUAAACCUGGAUAGAGACUGGAGAACUAUUCCUCGUAACAAGGAAGAACUGUCCUUGCAGCAGUAUGUCCCCGACGGCAACCCACCAGGAGAUCAGCAUGGAGCAGGACCGUCGAAUGCAAGUAGCCAUAGACCUGGUACCUAUGGAGCAUUAAGUACCCCUAAGCACCCACGGUUCGAGAGGUUUGACGUUAGAUAUGCUACAUUCGAUGGAUUCCCUGGUCCCAGAACAGAACUCCUGAGCCGUGAAAGACUGGCGGAUGCAGGCCUCUUCUACACAAACAAGAACGAUGAAACAGUGUGUUUCUACUGCGGAGGAACCCUUUCACAUUGGGAAAGUUUUGAUGACCCGUACAAAGAGCACGCAAGGUGGCAUCCGAGCUGUGACUACAUUCACACGGUGAUGCAAAGGCGCGAUUCCGACUCCGGGUUUUUCAGUAUGACCGGAGGCUCUCAACCGGAGACCGAUAGUGGAAUCGUCCAUGAAUCUGCUGUGGCAACCAACGUACACGGCACUGUGUCUGAAACUAGCGGGCGAAGUAUUGCCGUAGCUGAUGACGCAUCACAGGUUACACGUCUAGCAGACGUCUGGGGAUCAAACAGGUCGUAUCAGGAGGAAGGACUUACAAUGCGGAACAACGCCUACACUGUUCUUCCUUCAAAACCAACUCACCCCCAGUUUGCCAAGUUAGACAGAAGGGUGAUGUCCUUUGAGUCUUAUCCAAGGCAUGCCAAGGGGAACAAGGAAAAGAUGGCCAAGGCAGGAUUAUUCUAUACUGGCGCUGAGGACCGCACGGCCUGCUUUCAGUGUGGCAACACCCUUUGCAGUUGGGGAGAAGAGGACGACCCGCUACUUGAACAUGCAAGAUGGUACCCAAACUGUCCUUACGUAAUCCUUAUGCUAGGCACUGCAACCAUCAACGAUAUUAGGAAGGCACACAAGAAUACCCUGGCCGAGCGACGAACUGCAGAAAUCAGCCAGUCGGAUGAGCUCACCAAUUACCUCCUGCGUCAGUUGAUGUCGGCACCAAUCGUUUACCGCCUGACGGCGCAAGGCAUUGAUCAUCUCAUCGUGGAAUUGGCGAUACUAAAGAGGCUUAACGGCAAUGGUCUGAUCGACGUGCUGGACGAAGAGGACCUUCGCCGUGCAUUGACAGAAGUCGUGUCGUUACCGGAGAACGUGAGAACGAAGGAAAUUUCGAAAGCUGACACAGGUGACCUAAGCAAGUGCAUCGUCUGCAAAACUGGAGACCGACAUACCAUCUUUCUUCCCUGCAAUCAUCUUAUCGCCUGCUCCAGAUGCGCAGAGUCCCGCAGCGUUUGUCCAUCCUGUAAUCGCUCGAUCGCGACCAGGAGGCAAGCCUUCUUAGCCUGAAACGGGAUGAAGAUUCCAUUUACACAAAACGACGGAGCAGCCUGCAUAAUGAAACCAUAUCAGCUAACCAUACCGAUUCUUAACACGAAGUAGAAAGUAAAACACACUGUAGAAUCGAUCUAUUUACGUGAUAUUGCAAAAAUAAUGGGAAUAGAAAAGGCUAUUUUGCCUAAUGUCCAGUAGGCUUUCGACUAAUCGAAACGGACGUGAAUGUAUAAUAUAUAUUAAAAACAUCGAUGCAUAUCGAAUGCAUUGUCCAAGGAGCAGACAGACCGCUUUGCACGCGAGGUCGUUCCGACCGACCGAAAUAACUCACCCUCCAAUUGGUCGGGUGUAAGAACUAGAGUCACCAAAUAAGGAGCAGAGUAGCGACAGUGAGCCACGCCGGCGAGCGAGACCGCCAUCUUGGGUGAGGCGCGGUUGCGUCGCCUAGCAAUGGGACGCCAAUCUCCCGCUUCUCCGCCCGAGAACAGCGCGCAGUAAAGCCAGUUCGCCAUCGGAAAAAAAAAACGGUUUUGGAUAGAGGGAACUCAUCAUGAACGGCGCGUUCCUAGAAAGAAAAACCACAUGACACGAUCGGCCCAAUGGCAGACACCGAACGGCGGCUCCGGCGCGGAAAAGGAAUGCGAUACUCUGUACCCCUAUUUAGUGACUCCAGUAAGAACUACAUAAGUUGAAGGCCCAAGGUUCGAAGGACUGUCCCACAUCCUGCAAGAAUCGCGGUUAUUCGAGUUUUAUUGCGACGACAGCGAACACAACAGGGUGUCCAGAAUUGUUCGACGCACUGUAGACAUACGACGUGAACUAUAUUCUUAUUCCUCGUGCCACGUACAAGUGCGCGAUGCCACAAGAGUGUGCGGUGUUAGUAGUAGCCGAUCGGGAGAGUAACAUUUGGUAACUUUGCGAACGCGCAUCCGUCAUAUUUCGGAAGUUUUUGUCUUUGUUUUGCUUUGGUUACUGAGGCCUUUUAUAUCGUCUCGAUCGAUCACUUGCGAAUAUCGUAAAGUUAUAAGGGUAUCAGGGUUAUAUCGAUUAGACUAUAGGUUAGGGAUGUAAGGAUUACUUUACUAGUUUAUGUUUGCGUGUUUAUUGAGGCACGGCAUUGCCUGUUGCCCCAGAUUUUUGUUUUGCUUUCGUUGACCUUUCCGUACGUACUUUGCUGACAUGUAUGCAUGGUAGCCUCCCCCUACUGAAUGCCAUCUAAGCUACCGUUUCAGACACUUCCCAACAAAUUAAAACUUCUGAAGACUAUUUUUUGCAGAAUGGAUCGCGGUUGCUUCACAUAAAUCCUGAAACUCAGCUUGAACCUGGAAUCCAUGCUCACCUCCAGGAGAGUUCGGAUUGGUUGCAUCAUAGUCGCUGAGACCAGGAGAAUGUCUUCUAUACUGUAACUAGGUCCCAAUUCAUGCGAUAACGCGCUAGCACGCUAGCAGCAGUCAGCAGCGAGUCGUCUAAAUUAGCUUUUUGAGUCGUGACCAAUCAAUCUACAUCAUGUCUACACCGAUAAUUAUUUUCACUGAGAUGACUGUUAUAGUAUCAACAUAACAGGAGGCGUGGUUACCAUUAUUUUUUCUGCAAGGAGUACGUGCCAGAUACGAGCUACGUGCUCUUAGUCUGCGCACUCUGCUUAGGACCAUCAUCGGGAUGGGGAUAUCAAUCAAUCAAUCAAUCAAUCGAUCCAUCGAAUGUAGUUUAUUGUUCAUCAAACAAAAUACAUACAGUGAAUAUACAGAUGGAGGUCCUAUAGUUUAAAAGACAUAUAUGCUUAUAUGAAAAAAAAGAGUGAAACGUUAGACUGCGCUACUGCAGGAGAAAAAGGAAAAAAAUAAGGAAAGCCAAAACAGAAGAAAACAGCGAAAAAGGAGAAAAGCAAAAAAAAGUAUUAAACAAGAAAAGUAGAAAGUAAACAAAGAAAAGCAAAAAAGAAGAACGAAAAAGAAAAGCGAAAAAGAAGACAAGCAAAAAAGAAAAAAAAGACGACAGAAACGAAAAAUAGGAAAACUCAAAAAUCAGAACAGAGCAAAAACAAAAAAUAAGGAAAACAAAAAAGGAGAAACCAACACACACACACAAACAAACACACACGGAGCUGGCCACAGUUCCCUCAGAAGGCGACAGACCCGUACGAACUGGGGCUUUCCUGCAAAGCUGACGGCGACUGUGUUAAGAAACGUUGGCAUUCGGAGAGGGCGCAUGCCGCAUAGCAUCGUUAAUUUUCCUUAGCAAAUGUGAGAUGUCUGCUUAGUAGUGCCCACGCUAGCCCGAUUCACGUAUAUCCAAGUGUGCCCAGUCAGCUGGAAUACGUUAUUAUGUGCUGUCGGUGUGUGUGUUAUCGGUUGAGGGUAAUAAACUGUUGUAUCAUCAGUA